AUGAGCGCCUGCGCAGCCGCCGGCGGCGGCGGCGCCAGGGCCACCGCCGCGCGCGCCGAUGCGGGCGCCGGGCCCUCGCGCUCCGCCAGCGGCACGCAUCCCCCCGCCGCCGCCAGCCGCACCGCCGAGCCCGUCGCCGCGCGCCGCCGCCGUCCGCGCCGCCUGCUGCGUGCCAGCGUCGCCGCCCUCGCGCUCGCCUCCGCCGUCGCGCCGCCCGUCUUUUUGCUGCCGCUCGCCGCCUCCUCGCUCGUCGCCGCCGCCGCCAUCCCGCCGCGCGCGACAGAUCCGUGGCGCCCUGAUGGCGGCGCAGCGCAGCAGCGCGCUCGCUCUGCCUGGCGCCUCGCGUCAGACGGCCAGUGGCGGCGGCGCGACGAGCUCGAUGCCGACGCCUCGCUCGAUCCUGACGCCGACGACAUCCCAGAGGAGCUGCUGGCGCAUCCGCCCGUGCUGCGGCAGCCCGACGACGCCGAUGCCGACGAGCAGGAGCCGCACGACCGGCCACAGGCGUCGACGCAGACGUUCAGUGCGCCGCAGUCGCGCCGCAAGGCGCGCCCCAGCAGCGGCGCGGCGUACCUGCACGACCUGCACUACACGAGCAUCACGCCCUUCCACGCGGCGGCCGUGGGGCCCGCGCAGCGCACGCAUCGCUCGCUCGGCCUCUUUCCGCGCAGCUACGCCUUCCGCCAGCGCACCUCGCCCGCGCGCGGCAUCACCACGUCCGAGGCGGCGGCGCUGCAGGGCGCGGCGCCGCAGCUCGCCGUGCCGGCCGACGUGUCGCACGACAGCCUGCUGCGCCACGGCUGGUCGCGCUGGCAGCUCGACGACGACGUGCGCCUCUCGGUGCCCGACGACGGGCGCCGGCCGCGCCGCGAGAGCGCCGUCAAGUGGGCAAAGGAGCUGUGGGGCAAGCCGUGGUGGCGCUGGACGCCCGGCCAGGGCUACGUGUACGGCCGCUUCAAGGACCUCGAUGCCUACACGCAUGGGCCCGGCAUUGCGCUCGCGCAGCUGGCGCCGCCGCUGCACCGCGCCAAGACUCCACGUCUUCCUCUGAUCCCCAAUUCGUCCAAGCGAGAACUCGCGUGGAUGGUGGCGUACUUCAUCGCCGUGCUGGCGUGCGUCGUGAUCCUCCUCGAGCUGCGCGCCGCGCGCCGCACGCAGGCAAAGGGCAAGAGCCUGAUGCGCAGCGCUUCGCACUCGCGCCGCGACAGCCGGCCGAUCCAGACGCAGCAGCGCACCAAGGCGACGAUGCUGCGCGACUUUUGCCGCGCAGCGCUGCGCCGUGCCGACCAGGGCGUCGGCGGCGACACCAAGCAUCCGCGCGCGCCGCUCCGGGUGCGCAUCGAUGGGCCGAGCCAGCACGAGGCUCUUCCGCAGCUCGGCUCCUCGACAAUCGAGCUGCUCGAGCGCGGCACGCUGUCCAGUGGCGCAGCCUCCUCCGCAGCGCCGUCCACGUCGCCAACAUCGGGGCGCACGCCGCCGCGGGCAAAGGCGAAGAAGUCGGCGAGCGGCAUCUUCGCCUCGCCGCCGCGCGGCGGCAAGGAGUCGCCGGAGCCCGACGACGAGAAUGUCCUGACCAUCGUCUCGGACACGGGCAUGUCGAGCAGCCCCGAGACGCAAAAGGGCUGGGCCUCGUACGACAGCUUCGCCACGGGCGCCGCGCUCACGCCGCGGCCCGACCUGCUGCGGCGCACGAGCGACACCCAUGCGGCGUCGCCCCGCUCUGACUCUUCUUUGCGCUCUGCGUCUGGCUCUGUGAUGCGCGCUUUCCGCUCGCGACCGGCCUUCAUCGGCGCCGAGUCGACCCUGGCUCGCGUCUGAGCAUCCGUCUUCUCCCCCGCGUCUCCGCCUCGACGCCGUCAUACCUCAUACCCGCUGCCUUGCGCCGCACAGACAGCCGCCGCAGCGUUCUGUCAGCCUCCCGCAUGGCCGCCUCCUAGACCACUAAUGAAAGAUCGUCGCCCUCAAAU